AUGGUCGUCGAUUAUCCGAUAUCGUGGUGGUUGCUGCUGGGUCUGAAGCCGAAUGGGAAAACAAAAAAGUUGGCGACCGGACCCCACCCUAUUGCGGCUGGUGGGUGUCCACCUCAAAUCGCCCAGGUUUUCGAGAAGGUCUGUCAAUGCAUUCCUGCCUUGAAUAUCAGGCGCAAAACAGUCGGUGUCCACCAGAAAGGUCAGAGGGAGGAGCUGCCUUUGGCGAAUCCCAAAGUCACUGGGUUUCAACCAAUCACAGCGCAGAUCGCCCGCGGCAGAUUGCCUGUUGAAUCCAUUUUAGCAGGCUUUACCUGGCUGAAUUUGCGUCAAGUUCCAGCAAGAGUCUUCAGAGCCUUCGCUCUUCAGCCCUUCGGCUCUUCCACCACUUAA